AGCAGGUCUUCAGCUGCGAAAACAAAACAAGCAGGAACUGCGGCUGGUGGGCGGCAGUGCCAUGGACGAGCUGGUGCACGACCUGGCAUCGGCACUGGAGCAGACAUCAGAGCAGACCAAGUUGGAGGAGCUGUGGGAGGAGAUGGUGCUGAGCCCGCUGCAGCAGCGCCGGCAGGUCCGCCGCCGGCGGGGCCGCAAGCGCCGCUGCGACUCCUCCCUGCACCCGCUGGAGCACGGCCGCUGCCUGAGCGAGGCGUCCGAGUCCAGCCUGGACGAGGCGGCCAAGGACUGCCGCGAGAACGCUGCCGCCGCCGCCAACUACAGCGACUCGGACGACAUGGUGGUGGCCAAGCGCCGGCCCUCCUUCACUGGCGGCGGGGGCGGGGCCUCCCUCAAGACCAAGCAGCACUCGUGGCCCGAGUCGGACUCCUUCACGGAGAACACGCCCGGACGGCCCCUGCGGAGGCGCCGCAAGGUCAAGCGCAUGACCUCCGACGUGACGGUCAGCCUGCAGCAGAAGCUUAAGGUGUCGGAGCUGGACGGCGACCGGGGCAGCAACCACAAGUCGGCCAAGAAGCAGCGGCUGUCCAAGCUGAAAAAAGGGGGCGGGGCCUGGGCGGGGGCGGGGCGGGAGGUGGGCGGUACCGGUGGCGUGGGGCUCGUGUCCGAGGAGUGCUGGAAGGACAAGAUUGUGUUCGAGGCCAAGGAGCAGAGAGAGGCGUCUGAUGAAAACAUGUCUGAAUGUGAAACCAGCAGUGUAUGUAGCAGUGAUCCCGGACUUUUCACUAAUGAUGAGGGGAGACAAGGUGAUGACGAGCAGAGCGACUGGUUCUUCGAGGGGGAGUGUGGCCCGGGGAUGGGGGUCCCGAAUCUGCUGUCGGGCUGGGAUACAGACACUCAGCCCGAGCUGGACGCGCUGGACUCGGGCCUGGACAAGCUGUCCUCACCCACAUUCCUGCAGCCAGCCCGGCCCUCUCAGAGGGGGUACCACGCCCGUCUGAACCGCCUGCCCGGAGUGGCUGCCCGGUGCAUCAGGAAGGGCCGGAGGAGGCUCCCCGGCAAGGACAGCGGUGUGGCAGCCAUGUCUGUGGAGAGGAUGAAGCACUUCUCCCAGGACCCCUAUCAGACAGAUUUUUGGCUGCCAUCAAUUGGGAAGCGAGACUGGCACCAGUUUAACCCGCUGUCUCCACUCUACCCGAUGGAUAUGGUAUGUGAUGGCUCCCACAGAAGGUGCUCCUCCUCCAUCUGCAAAAACAGACAGACGAGUGUUCAUUUGGGACUACUCUGCACAGGAGACAUUAAGAGGAGGAGGAAGACCACGGCAGUGCCCAGUGCAGCCACAGCGUGCAUCCCCUUCCAGGAGGACAGCCUGAGUGAGGCGGCGGAGGGGGCCAGGAGCGAGCCCCAGGCGCUGGCCACGGAGGCCUCAGAGAAGCAGGACUUCAUCAAGCCUGGGACCUUCUUCGGCACCCAGAGAGAACAAGAGGAGGACUGAGGGGGUCGGAGGGGCGGGGCGUUCUCUUCUGGGCACCCCAAACCGGAGAGGUGCUACUCUGGGUGGUGGAGAUGGGGGUUAAGAGAUAGAUCCAAAUUACUCCUCAUAAGAACAGCAAGUAUUCAAAAUGAUUAAAAAAACAACAACAAGAAAAGACACAGGGACUCAAAUUUGCUGCUCUUUGUCUGCUCCGCACUGAAACAACCCUUUCCACGCGGCACUUAAAGAAAGGAGAGGAAAAAAAAUGUUAAUGCAAUCAAGCCCUGUUAAUCACCUCUCUCUCAGUCAUUUCCAUGAGCGGCGAGGAGGUUUCAAGGGCUACUAACGAAGUAACCUCGGCUUGGCCGUGCGGCUUGUGGCUUACAGAGGCCACCCCCCCGCCCCCACGCGCCUAAACAAUUACGCCCCAGUUUGAGUUUGCUGUGCGUUUUCGUCUGCAGGGACACUAAAACGCCAGGGAGGAGGCACUUGAAAGCUGCAUACGUCAAACCAACAGGUACCGCGGCGCGCUAACACACAGAUACCAGGCCAUCAGAAGGCCGCGCUACCUCCUGCUGGUCGGGUUCAGAGACGCACCUUCCGAAAGUGGGCCCUACAAAGAACAGGCCUCCUAUUAGCAUGGAUUUGAAAAUCUACACACAGCACAAAGGCUCUCAUUAGCACAACAGAGGGAGUCUGUGUUUUGGUCCCUCCAGGGUAGUCCUUUUUCCUGCGCUCACCUUCUAUAUUCAAAUUUCCCCCCACAUUAAAGUGGGCGACAGCGAAUCCUCAAAAAUGGAUUUCCAACAUUAAAGCGGCGAGUAAUGUUUGUUGGUGUGCGCAGGGCCGAGUGGCGAGCGCUUCCUCUCACCUGCUGGCCUCAUUUGUGCCUGUCUUGGCGUAUGUUACAUAAACCGGAGGGGGGCCAGAUUCACCGCGUGAUGUGCUCCCCCCGUCAUCCUCUCCCAUUCAGACGAAGGUAGUCUUUCCUUACAGUCGCACCUCUAUACGUCCAGUCUUUGAACUUAGAGGCAAUUUGGAGAUGCCGUUGUAAAACGAAAGCAGCGAUUGCAGCAGGUCAGUAUUGUCUGACUGGUGAGCUGGUCCGGGUUUUCGGUGCAAUCUGGCUCAAUAUGUACGCGUAGCUUUAAAAUAUGGAAAUGUACCAAUCGAGCAUAUCUGUGCACUACAGGCGACAUUAGAGAGCCGAUCAGGAGACUCCGCAGAGGGGCGAUGAGAUUGGGGGUAAUUAAAAGGGAUCCCUCACGCGUUUGAUGUGCCCCUGUCCCGGCUGUGGGAGCAUGCGGAGCGCCCCCCGAAGCACAGGAGGGGGUGGCAGCCUGGGGAGAGUGUGCUCACGCCUCUGAGGGGGAAGGGGACAGGAAGUGGCACACAGAUGGAUUAAAUCAGGGGCUUUUGCAUGACCAGAGUAACUGCAGGUUAAGGACAGUGUUAUUGCAGAGUGUGUAAGGCCACUGGCAAAUCAUCCAGUAAAGCCCCCAUAGCAGCGCGUUCCAGCAUACACACCGGCUGUAGAAUGCCUUAACCAGGUUGCCUUGGUUAAAGGCACCUCUUUAAGCAAAUGGAAGUGGAUGCUACUAGUCCAUGCAUGGCUGGUGGUCUUCACUGUGGCUCAUGAGCUCUCCACCUUCACAGAGCAUUUAAGUCCAGCACAAGAUCACUGCUGGAUCAGUGUCCUCAUCAUUGCUUUGAUGCUUCAGACAAAGGGCAGAGACAGGGGACGUGUCCGUGUUGUCAACCCAUGAUUGACUGUGCGAGCUCUAGGAGUUGUGCCUCCUGCCGCCCACACUAGUAAUUAGCAGUCGCAAUGGUGAUGACCCCCAUCAACCCCCCCCCCC